UCAGACCGAAAAUGGGAAAAUAAUAAUUAACGACUUUUCUGUAACCAAAUUAAAAAUUAUAAUACAUCUAUCAAGCUUAGCUGUAUACAUGUAUAUGAAAGAGGGAGAGGAAGGAGAAGAAGAAUAUCACAACUAUCCAAAUAUCGUCUUAGUAGCAGCCAUGAAUUCAAAUUCAGUCGGUGAAUUUCGUGAGGGAGAAAUCGAUGGAAACCCAUUUCUCAUAUACACUUUGUUAUCUCAAACCGAGAACCCUUCUUCCCGUGAAGCAGCUGUUGAUUCCGAUGGAGGGACUGUGGACGACCUCUCUGUUGAGCCUCUGAUCCUCUGUCCUACUUUACGUCUCAAAGUUAAAAAUUUAAAGCCAUACACGAGUGAUUCAGAUCGUAGCUUUUUCCCGUUGGUUGUUUCCUCUCACUUCCCUACCAUACAAAGCGGUCAUCAACAACCCGAGUAUAUGCUUCAAUCCUACAGCUGUAAGCUCCCUUUACUCCCUCUCUUUUGGUGCGACAAUAAAAACCCUAAUAUUUACGAUUUCAUUUGCCGUGCGUGCACAACCAUAGAGCAAGGCACAAGCUAUUACGUUUGUGUCACAUGUGGUGACCAGUUUCACAAAGAAUGUGUUGGUGCUCCACUCGAGUUCAAACACCCUUUCUAUCCAUCUCUUUCUCUCCAACUUUAUAGUCCUCCCUCCGGCCGCGUAUUAUGUUCAUGUUGUCAAAAACCUAUCUAUGGCAUGAAUUAUUAUUGUCCUACCAGCAACUUCACUUUGCAUCUGUUUUGUGCUUUCAAGCCAAUACCCUUUGUUAUAGAUCACCCCAAAAGGCAUCCCCAUCCCCUCACCUUUUUUCCCAAACAAUCUUUCUUACCUUGCCAUGUUUGUAGCCUCAUUAAAAAAUUCAUUCCAACCUAUAUUUGUAUUCGAUGCGCCUUCGUAGUCCAUCAAGAUUGUAUCUAUUUCCCGUAUGUCAUAAAAAUAUCUCGCCACCACCAUCGUAUCUCUUAUACCUCCUCUCUUUCAUCCGGAAAAUGGUCUUGUGGAGUUUGUCGUCAAGAGGUUGACAACGACUAUGGUGCCUACUCUUGCAACAAGUGUGAUGACUAUUUUGUUCAUUCAAGAUGCGCGUUGCGGAGAGACAUAUGGGAUGGGAUAGAACUCGAGGGAGUACCUGAAGAACUUGAGAUAAUUGUUGAGCCAUUUAUAACAAUAUCUGAUGGAAUAAUACUCCAUUUUUCUCAUGGUCAUCAUCUGAAACUCGAUACCAGUAAAGCUUACGAUGAAAACAAGCUUUGUCAAGCGUGCACCCUUCCGAUCUACGAGGGUGGCUAUUAUUCAGGUGUGGAUGAGUGUGACUUCAUCCUCCACGAAGCAUGUGCAAAUGCACCUUGCAAGAAAUAUCAUGCGUUGAAUCCUUAUCCACUCACACUAAAGGUUGUCACUAAUGAAUAUCAUGACAACAAAGGACGUUUUCGUUGUGAUGCUUGUCAGCGUGAAAGUUGUGGUUUUGUCUAUGUGGACGAUUUCAGAGGAUGUUAUGCUGAUACAAAAGAUUAUAAAUUUAAAAUAGAUAUACGAUGUGCCUCGGUUUCUGAACCAUUUGAUUAUCUAGGUCAUGAGCAUCCCUUAUACCUAGCUUUGAAUCCAGAAGAAGAGGAGUCAGCAAUAUGUCACAUAUGCCAAGAAAGUAAAGAUGAGUCGUUUUCUUGUAAAAAACUAAAUUGCAUUGAAUGUGAUUUUGUGAUAUGCUUCAAGUGUGCUACCUUACCAUACAAGGCAAGGUAUCAACAUGACAAACAUUUCCUCAAGUUUUAUGAAGCGAAAGAGGCAAAUGAUCAUUCAGAGUGGUGUGAUGUAUGCGAAAGAAGAAUAGCAGAUUUGAGAAAGAAAGGGUUCUAUUCAUGCGACGACUGUUGCACCACUCUUCAUAUUGAUUGUUUGCUUGGGGAAGACAUGUAUAUGAAGCCUGGUCACACCAUAAUGUAUAAUAUGACGGGUUCCCGCAAACAUUAUCAGAAGAAGCUUCAUAUUCAUAGCAACAAUACUUUGUCUCGGCCAUUUUGCAGUGAGUGCGGGGAGCGUUGUCGACAGAAAAUAGUUUUCGAAUACAAAGAAAAAUAUAUAUUUUGUGCUGUAUCUUGCCAGAAGCUUGUAAUUGAUUACUCAUAGGCCAUAGCCAGACGCUUUGUAAUAUCUAAUCUCUCCAAAUUUCGUUAUUAAAAUGCAAUGUCAUCUUUUUGUUUCUUAU